AUGAGUUUGGUCCCUGCUGACUGGGCUUUGGCCACCACUCAUCUUGCCAGUGACUAUGUUUGCCGCCAGUUCUGUGCUAUUGUUGGAGUGACGCCGAAGGUCCUCCCGCCGCCGGAGCUUGAUGUUGUUUUGAUGCUAGGUUGCUCCCACCUCGCAAGGAUUCUCGCCGAUGCAUAUCUCAAUCCUGUCACUAUCAACUUCGAUAUGACGAGAUAUUCCGAAGUACUGCAAAAGCAGGAGAGAGGUGUUAACCCCGGACGUGAAGAAUUUCUCCUCACCCGAUACCCGCCGGAUCGUGAGAUUAUCCUGGAGUGUCCUGCAGUUGUCCUCGACAAAUUUGGUCUUAUCGUGCUAUGGUACCUCCCCGGAACAAUUGAUGCUGCCAUUCAGAAUGACAUGCUUUCGGCGACGAUGAUGAUGUCGGGCCCACUGGGCAAGAGUAUCACCCGUGGUACAUCGCCGAAGGACACAUGGCGUACCCAUGAAUCCAAUUUUCAAAUCAGUGAACAUGGCCUUACCUCAGGGUGCAUAAAUCUAUCGCCGGGGUGGUUCCUGCAAGCUCAUCCGGCUCCACAGUUUCACCCUGAAGUGUCGGCUACCCUUAAAAGCGACGAUGGUGCGGCUUACUGUCGGGCGAUGUGCAGACCGGCGGCCCUUGUUGCCGCUGCGUUGAGAGUCAUGCACUCCGGUCUUUAUUGGUCAUCGUUGACAACACAACUGGGGCUUGGGGUUUGGGCAGAGACGCCUCUGGGUCCAUGGCAUCAACCAAAGGAAGAUAGCCAUGCGAGUAAAGUCCUUCGUGCAGGCCCCACCAUCCACUAUGAAGACUUCAUCCCUCAUCAAAUCAAGAAGUCGCUGAAGUUUGGGUUGGUCAGCAUCCACUCGCACGUCUGGAUUGAUGUGAGCGAGGUCCGGUACACUGUGUUCAAAUGUGGCGCAGAUGGUCAUUUUGACUUCAACAGCAAGAACUCGGAGAUGUUCGCUGAAGGGGUACGUUCAUUUUCUGUACUAUCAUUGAUGGAGGGGAUGGGGUUAGAAGAGUCUUUGAUCCGGAGUGCGGGCGAGUCUCGUCCUGUGUGGGAUCCCAUGUGGGAGGCUGCUGUGAACCAGAUCUCUACUGCUGUGUAUCUUACAGCAUACUGCUGCUACGUGGAUUGGCACCACCACAAGUACAAAAAGCGCAAGUUAUCGCAUCAAGCAGUCACUCAGGCUACCACUACUACUUCCGGCACUUCGCUCUCAUCUACCGAUCCAACAGCUGGGUCCUCAUCCGACCCCACUACUUCAUCCUCAUCUGACGAGCCACACACGCCCUCCACCGGAUUAUCGGUUGAUGUUGAACUUGAACGUGCAGUGAAGAAAGCGAAGGUUGGCGACGACAAGUCUCCCAAGGCAAAGGCACUAUUGUUUUCAUCUAGUAGGAUGUACCAGACGAAACUCCAUCGUAAUUUCCAGAAGUUCCUCUGGAACUUUCCCGCACUCAUCUGGAAGUUGCUCGCACUCGUCCAGAAAGUCCUUCCGAAGUUUCCCACGCUUCUCCAGAAGUCCUUCGGACUUCACUGGACUUUCUCCGGACUUCAUUCUGAAGUUAAGGGCACAUACUCGGGUAAGGGGCGCAGUGCACGAGCUGAAGCCAAGCCCCUUGGAAUCAGUCCUACCCUUUUUGCACAGGCUAUUGGCGCUUUGCAAACACACAGAUCACCUGUGUCGUUGCACCAUUUGACGACACCGGGCAUCACGAAUUACAGAUUUUCUGCGACCACAGCAUCAGCAAAAGUUUCAACUCAGGAGUUAGCCUGUGAAGACAGUGAUGAUGAAUCUACCAACUCCAAUGACACCAGUCAUAACAAGGAACUUCAAGCCCAACUUGUGUUGAACGUGACGCGAGCACAAUGGGACAUUUGUCUUGCAGAGAAUAAACUUGCAGACUGCAUUCUUAAGGAGAACACUGCACUUGGGGUGCUCUAUCAGUUCGAGGCUACAGAAGCCGAGAGAAAGUUAGAAGACAUCAAUAUGGACAUUGGUUAUGUACACCACUCACUUCGCAAAAGCGGUAUCAUGUUGUACGAGGACUCAGGCUCUGGUAAGCCUCCGAAACACCGUCGCACUUCUGCUAGUAGUAGUCACAGUGAAUGGGACGUGACAUUACUGCCAGAAUCUGAGCCCGCACAGUGGGACUUGUACCACUAG